UUCGUUGAGUUCCGGAACAUGUGUUCAUUCAAAUUGUUUAAGUGCUUUGUUUUGCUGUGGAUAGCCUUCGAAGGAACUGGAGCAAUCCUCUCCUCAGAUCCUUUGGUUGUUGAGAUCCCGAAUGGAAAACUCCGUGGCAAGGAUAAUGGCCACUACCUAAGCUACGAAUCGAUUCCCUAUGCCGAACCCCCAAUUGGUGAACUACGAUUAGAAGCUCCCCAGCCGUAUAACCAUCAGUGGAAGGAUGUGUUCGAUGCCACUCAGCGACAAGUAGGCUGCUUGCAAUGGAACCAGUUUAGAGCCGAAGGCAAAAUGCUGGAGGGGAGUGAGGAUUGCUUAACCCUAAGCAUUUAUAAGCCCAAGAAUGAAGGCCGGAGCACCUUUCCUGUCGUGGUUGUCAUUCAUGGUGGUGCCUUCAUGUUCGGUAGUGCAUCAUUAUAUGGCCACGAGUACAUUAUGCGUGAGGGUACUGUGAUUUUGGUCAAAAUAAACUACCGCGUUGGACCAUUGGGUUUCGCUAGCACCGGUGAUAGGGAUUUGCCGGGAAACUAUGGACUCAAGGAUCAACGCCUAGCUCUACGAUGGAUCAAGGAAAAUAUUGCCAACUUUGGCGGCAUGCCGGAUAAUAUUGUGGUCAUUGGGCACUCUGCAGGCGGUGCAUCUGCUCAUUUACAGCUCCUGCAUGAGGAUUUCAGCCACUUGGCCAGGGCAGCUGUGUCGGUGAGCGGAAAUGCCCUAGAUCCUUGGGUUGUCCAGCAAGGGGGCAGAGGACGUGCCUUUGAGCUAGGUCGUAUAGUGGGCUGCGGACAGACAUCAGAUUCUGCAGAGCUCAAGAAGUGUUUGAAGUCCAAGCCGGCCGCUGAAGUAGUAUCCGCUGUACGAAGCUUUCUCGUUUUUUCAUACGUCCCCUUUGCUGUAUUCGGACCCGCGGUGGAGCCAAAAGAUGCACCAGAGGCCUUUCUCACUCAACAUCCAAUAGAUGUGAUCAAAAGCGGGAAAUUCGCACAAGUUCCUUGGGUCGUUACAUAUACCACUGAGGAUGGAGGCUAUAAUGCUGCUCAGCUUUUGGAGAUAAAUAAGACAACCGGUGAGACCUGGAUCGAAAAACUAAAUGAUCGUUGGUUUGACUGGGCUCCUUACUUGCUCUUUUACCGUGACUCGAAGGAAACCGUUUGGGAUAUGGACGAGUUGUCUAGAAAACUCAGACAGCAAUAUCUGGGAGAUCGACGAUUUAGUGUGGAAAGCUAUUGGGACUUGCAGCGCAUGUUUACUGAUAUUCUUUUUAAGAAUAGCGUACCUAGCUCAAUAGAUCUUCACAGAAAAUAUGGAAAAAGUCCUGUCUAUUCUUUUAUCUACGAUAAUCCUUCUGUGUCGGGAGUGGGCCAGGUGCUGUCCAAUCGCACUGAUAUAUAUUUCGGUACUGUCCAUGGAGAUGAUUUUUUCUUGAUUUUCGACGAUGUUCCACUACGAGCACAUAUUCGACCCGAUGAAGAAAUAAUUACAAGAAAUUUCAUAAAGAUGCUGGAGGACUUUGCACUUGACAAAAGGGGAGGUUUGAGAUUUGGCGAGUGCGAUUUCCAGAACAAUUUGGAUAGCAAGGAAUAUCAAGUGCUGCGAAUAAUACAAAGCGGUUGUCGGAACGAGCAAUAUGAUCAGUUACCUUAAGC